ACACUACUAUAUAACAAAUAAUUUGAGCAAUGGCUGACGCAGACUGUACAUGCGCUGUGGCCUGUGAGAAAACGCAGGAGGAAUGCCAACAAAACGCACAAUGGUACUUGUUUGUUGCGACUAGUAUGGUCAUCCUAUUUGGAGGUGGUUUCCUGAUCUUCUGCAUGCAAAUACUGUAUGAUAAAUGGAACCAGUUCAGUUUUGACCGUCUUGAAAUUUCGAGACGGAUGUUCCCGAAUCACUACGAUCGGGAUAAGCUGGACGAGGUUGAGCUCCACAACAAGUUGCGACACUACAUCGUCAACGAAGUGAUCAGCUUGCAGACCAACAAGGGCAUGGUCCUGGCAAUCUUAUACUUUCUAUUCAACGUUAUAUCAGUGACUCUCUACAUAAAUCAGUCUGACCAGCCGUUAGAACAGUGUGUACAAGUUUUAGACACGUGUAACUGGACGCUAUACGCUGAUAUAGGACUUAAUGUUUUCUUUUUAUUUCAUUUUUUAUUAAGAUUAAUAGCAGCGCCAAAUCGGUUAAAGUUUUGGUUUCAAAUGGGUUCUAUAGUUGACUUUUGUACGAUACCCCCCUGUGCUUUGGCACUCAUUUUAGAAAGAAAUUGGCUCGGUAUGAGAUUCAUGCGAGCGCUCCGAUUUAUGCAAAUGGGAGAGAUUUUAAUGACUUUCAACAGCACGGGAACCGUCGUAUCAUUUGGUGGUGGUGGCGGCGGUGGCGGCGUACGACGGCGCACCUGGAACAAGCCGUUCAGUGGGGCCGGACAGAGUGGGGGACCGCCCGACUCGGAUGUAGGCCGUUCUCACAGCCGCAGGUCUAUUGUUCAGUUACUAGUUCUGAUGUUAGACUUCGUGAGUGUUUGGUUGUUUGCUGCCGGAUUCGUUCACUUGGUUGAGAACUCUGGUGAUCCCUGGAAGCCGAACAGCGCGAGGACGGACAACUUCACCUACUUUGAUUCAGUGUGGCUCACCAUGGUGACCAUGAGUACAGUUGGUUACGGUGACGUGUACCCUACCACGGGAAUUGGGCGCUCCUUCAUGAUGGUAUUCAUUGUUUGCGGUCUGGCGAUGUUUGCUACUUACACGCCAUACCUCUACGAGUUCUACAGGAGCCGAUCACCCUACGCCGGCAGAUACGAGCGAGCUGAUAGUAAAAAAUACGUAGUAGUUUGUGGACAUAUUACCUACAACAACGUAAAAUCUUUUUUAGCGGACUUUCUUCAUCCGGACAGAGGAGAUCGCACUAGCAGAGUCCUUUUUCUUGACAAUAAGCGUCCUGAACCGGAAUUGACUGGUCUUAUUAAGCGCUAUUUUUUAAGUGUUCAGUAUUUUGAGGGGUCUGCCUUGAAUCACAAUGAUUUACGGCGAGUUCAGUUAGAGCAUUCAGACGCGGUCAUUCUGUUGUGUAACAAAGAUUCUGAUGAUACGAAGUCCGAGGAUGCAGCUACUAUACUAAGAGCUAUAUCAGUAAAGAACUACUGCAGUAAAGCUCGGCUUAUUAUGCAGCUUCUUAACUAUAAAUCUAAAAGCUUCCUUCAAACAAUUCCUAAUUGGGACCCUAUUAACUACAGAGACGAAAAUAUUUGUAUUAGUGAGUUCAUGUACGGGUUAGUUGCACAGAGCUGCUUGUGCCCUGGAUUCUCUACAUUAAUGAUAAACCUCAUCUCAACCCGUUCCUACAUUCCUGGGACAAACGAGAAUUUGGACUGGAAAUCAGAUUAUGCGUAUGGUUGUGAUCACGAAAUCUACACUGUCAUGAUCAGCAGUGAUUUCAACGGCAUGACCUUCCCGGAAGCAGCCGAGAUAUGUUACAAGCAGUUGAACCUGUUGAUGAUCGCUGUUGAAAACUUCGAUAACUCCGGAUUAGCCAUUAAUCCGUUACCGGACCAGUUUACGAUACGGAAGGAAUGUCUCGGUUACUUCAUCGCCUCCUCGUAUAAAGAUGUUUGCAGGGCGAGGUUUUACUGUGCCCUUUGUUUAAAUGAAGGUAUUGAGAUCGGGUUCAAACCUUGUAAAUGCCGACUGGAAGCAGCUGUUCCUCAACUAUCUACCGUUCCUGCAGCUAAAAAGAAACGAUCUAACGUCCAACUCAUUCCCCUUUCUGAGCACAAAUCCCCCAACAACAAUGAAACAGGUCUGACGCGUGUAGGAAGUGUAGACUCCAAAUCCUCGACAGCGACAGAUAUCAACCAGCUCCGAACCGUCCGACAUCUUUUCUCUCAGCAUUCGACGAAGUCCACAUCAGUGGACCGAGGAACGCUGACUGGAGCCGGAAUGUCAAGCACGUUCGACCCCACAGGCAACUACCACUGGUCCCCCGAGAAGAAGUUUGAGGACGUCGACUUGAAAGACCACGAGUUAAACAAUCACAUAGUGAUUUGCGCUUUCGGGGACGACAAAACACCAAUAUCAGGCCUGUCUAGUCUUAUCAAGCCACUCCGCGCCAGUAAUCUUCCUUAUAAGAAAUUGAAAGUUGUUUUACUUCUCGCCGAGAAAGAUUUCCUUUUGAAAGCCUGGAAAGAACUUCGACACUUCCCAAAAAUCCGUGUUCUUUGCGGUUCAGCAUUGGACAGAAGUAAAUUAAAACGAGCGUUCAUAAACCGAGCCAGCAUGGUGGUCAUUCUGUCGAACUACGGGAAAAGAAUGGCAUACAAAGAUCCCUUCCUUUUAGAUAAAGAGCCAAUAUUGGCAUGUCUCAAUCUCCCUCAAGUGGCUGGCAAAUCAGAAAAUUCAAAACCCGUGGAGUUUAUUGCGGAGCUCGUCAACGAUUCCAAUGUUCAUUUCCUCGAUCAGGAUAACGAAGAUGAACCUGACAUAGAAUUACAUUUGACAAUGAAGUUCGCACAGGGCAGCUGCAUUACCGCUACAGCUUUAGAUACACUCAUGAGUGAAGCGUAUUAUAAUGACGAGGUAAUGACGUUGGUACGGGCACUCAUAGCAGGAGCAAACGUCCCCGAAUACGACGCCGAGGACGAGGAACAUUCCGGGCCACUACAAGUCCCCGCUAACGCGCUCUGUGGCUCCCAGUGUCGGGUGAUCAGGAUCAAAGCAGAGGAGCCCAGUCUCAGCGAGCACAUCAAGGGUAAAGCUUAUAAAGACGUGUUCGUGGAGCUGCUCCAAAAGUUCAACCUGUUGUGUCUGGGACUCCACCGCGCUAUUGACUGGCACGAGGAAAUCAGUGUGGAACACAAACGCUUCGUGUACAUCAACCCGCCCGGAGAAACGAAGAUCGUAGCAUCGGACUACUUGUACGUGAUUGUGCAGACGUCCAAACUGCAGCCCCCCACUGAGGUCAUGUUGAACAAGAUAAGGGACACCAUGUUGAGGAAGGGCAGCACGCCUGAACAGCCGGACAGUAAACUCACCCGACAGAACAAAGUCGACACCGAAUCAGUUCGGUUAGAAUCCCUUUCAAUGAGGUCAGUGUCAAGUGUGGCACCCUCCCCCCGGACCCCUCUCUCCCCCAACUCGCCACCUGCCGGGGAGGAGCGAUUCUAUAACCCUCUACACGCCAACCACACCUCCAAAUCCCAUCACAUUCUCGAGAACUUCCACAACAGCUACGCAAGCUAUUCGGACGGUCACUAGGAAAACAAGAGAUGUUACCAAUAGACGAAUCUAGUUCCUCUCUAGCCGUUUAACAAGACACGUGCCGCGCGGGGCUCUGGCGCACGUGCAGGACACGCGCGCAGACACACCGCCACUCAAUUAGCUAAUCGCCCAAUUAGCUGAUUGACGACUAAUUGACUGUUCAGAUAUAUUCGCAAGGGGUACCGAGUUUUAGAAAGAUGAAGGAAAUUUGAAGAUUAAUGAGAUAAGAUUAUUGAGAUAAGAUAUAAGAGAUAAGAUUAAGAACGUGUAGUCGUGGAGUGGAGGGUUUGUGUGGUACUAGGUCCCAUUAUAGGGUGUACUUUUGUUUCAAGUAUGUACGGAGCGGGAUAAAUAUGCUUUAUAAUUAGUUAUAAUUAAUUAAUCGAUUAAUUAAUUAAUCACUUGAUACGUAUCCCGGGGAGAAGAUGCGGCCACCUGUUUGAAACAUUUUAAAGACUCAGAUAUUUUUAUUUUGUUCAUAUGCAACUCCACUCCAUAUUAAGCGAGAAAAGCGACAUUGUUGUUUUUUAUAAUACCAGGGGUGUAAAUGAAAUGUGUAUGUAUUUUAUAGAGUACGUAACUCUGCAAAGUUACCUGGCUAAACUUAUCAGAACCCUGGUUACUAUAGUUACUAUAGUUACUAACCUGUUACUAUAGUUACUAACCUGGUUACUAUAGUUACUUACCUGGUUACUAUAGUUACACGGUUCCUUUGCCGGGUUUUGGUAGGUUUAACCGUGUCAAUGUUCUAUCAGUCACCGUCAGAAAGAAAAGAAAUGGUUUAGUUUACUGACUUCUUGUGACCGGCAUUAUUCGACGAACCGGGACAAAUUCCGUAGAUAUCUUGUAGUUGUAACGGUUCAUCGUGCAAUCUAGUUACUCAAACUCACUGUAACCUAGAAACUCAAACUCACUGUAACCUAGAAACUCAAACUCACUGUAACACUCACUGUCAUCUAGUUACUUAAAUCCAUUUUAAUCUAGUUACUUAAACUCACUGUAACCUAGAAACUCAAAUUUAUUGUGACCUAUAAAUUCAAACUCAUUCUCAAUUCUAACGUAUCAUCACCAUCCACCAUAGCAUAAUCAAUUCAACAAAUUUGAGAACCAUUUGGAAUUGUCGAUAAUGUCCGGUUACAGGUGAUAAGUUGUCAGUAAUACUAUUUGUUUAUCACCAUCAACUAAUCCCACCAUCGGCCUCAUUCACAACAAAAUUCAUUUCAUAUACGUUUUAUUAUCCAAACGAGACAUACAUACCGAUUAAUUAAUUAAGUUUUAAUUAAGUUAAUUAUUUAAUAACUAGUUUAACCUUUUUAGCCGCCGAGGUGUGGCGACACGUAUUUUACUCUUUCGUUUUAAGGAUUUGAUUGCGUUAAAUUGAAUGUAAUUUAACUGAUGAUGAUGAUGAUUGAUAUUGCUCGGGAUAUGGUUCGGAGUUCCGUGUAACGUUAUGUAGAAAUUAUAAAGUAAUAACUGCACAUUUGCUUUAAUUUAACUAUAAUCUUUUACCCGAUCCUAUGGAUUUAUAAA